AUGGGAACUGGUGAAGCAGUGGGUGCCCCUUUGCAAGGGCACACGGGACCCGUUCGGUCUGUUUCAGUCUCACCUGAUGGUAAAUACAUCGUGUCUGGAUCAGACGACAAGAUCAUCCGGGUGUGGGAUCUGGGAACUGGCGAAACAGUGGGUUCUUUGCGAGGGCACACUGGACCCAUUUGGUCUGUUUCAAUCUCGCCUGAUAGCAAACACAUUGUGUCUGGUUCUGAGGACAAGUCCAUCCGGGUGUGGGAUUUAGAUUUUCUUAACCAGAACCAAUCCUCCGAAGCACCUGCAGUAUGUUUCUCAUCCAACCCGAUUCACGCCCUUCAUUCCGCCUCCUCCUUUCUCGAAGGUCCAGAAACCCUAGCCCCUUCCGGCCCAACCGAGGAGGGAUGGGUUGUAGGUCCCGAAGGACGGCUUCUUUUCUGGAUCCCACCCACUCUCCACCCGGUGACGUAUGCCCGAGACAACACCCUGGUGAUACCCAACAAUGCCUUGCAGCUGGACUUAAGUUGUGUCGCACAUGGCACAUCGUGGCACAUGUGUAGGGACCAGCGCGAGGAGGUUGCCCCGUGUUUGUAA